UACUGAAAGCAUUGCAAAAACAUUUUUGGGGUACAGUAACUGAAAAAGGUUGGGAGACACUGCUGUAGGUCAUCCCUAUGGUGUUAACCAGUUAGUCAUUUAUAAAGUGUUUUCUCAUAAAUCACAUUUUGGUUCAAACAUUUACAAUUCAAUGUAGUCAUGCAGGGAUUGUAUCUUGAAUAAGGUUCAUUAGAGCCUAAAACAUUUCGUGCAUUUCUUCAUUCCGCUCACCAAACUCAUCGAGCAGCUCACCACUGGAGUGAAAGGGGAACACAGUUUACAUUUUGUCUAAAUGUACAUUUUGAAAGACGUAACACGAUUCACUCGGCCGGUUGGAUUAGCCUAGUGGUCAAGGUACUAUAUUUACUCUAUAUAUUUUUAAAGGGAAACUCUACCUCCCCCUGUUGGUUAAUGUGGACAUUGCAGGUACACAGCAGCGGCGUAGUGUUUGACUGCUCUCGUCCCUUGCCCAUUUUAGUCAAUGCAUGUCAGCUCACUGGAAUGUGCGACUCACACUGUGCAGCCACCAACUCGCGAGGACCCUGCAUUUAUAUGGACAAGUAUAGCUCCUCAAUACUUGUCCAUUGUUUUCUUUUUCUUUCCAGCGACGGGUUUCGUUGAUUGCUGUCAGAUCUGUAGGUUAAAUAUCUGUCUCUAUUCUCUGACUUCGAGUCAGCGUGUAAAGAUCACAUAGAUCUUUUGUUAACUCCUUGUGGGGCAUGGCUAUCUCUGCAGUAAUCAACAAAUAAAUCUUCAAGGAAAUCCUAGAAAAACAGCUGAAGGUGCAGCUUGAAAGGUGACCCCUGGGCUAGAUCAGUAUGUCUGCCUCUACAGAGAUGACCAGUAGUCUGUACUACACUACCUUAGCCCCCCUGUGGUCAGCAGACCUUGGGGUUAUCCCCAGGGCUGGAAGUCUGAUGAUGACCACCAUGGAGCCCAACGUGACCUCCUGUGAAGAGUGGGAGGAGGCUCACCACCUGCUCUUCCACCUGGGGAACCUGUCUCUGCUCAUAGGCCUGGUCAUCCCCACCACUCUUAACCUGCACAUGAUCCUACUGCGCCUCAUGCUGAUGACAGGAUGUUGUUUGAUCAUCACCUGGGCAACGCUGUACCGGUGUAAUCUGGAUGUCAUGGUAUGGAACAUGGUCUUCCUGGUGGUCAACUUCAUGCACUUCUUCUACCUGGUCUACAAACGCAGACCUAUAAAGAUAGACAGGGAGCUGAAAUCAGUGUACAAGCGGAUGUUCGAGCCUCUCCAUGUGCGUGAAGCCCUAUUCCAGAGACUGACGGGCCAGUUCUGCACCAUCCAGUGCCUGAAGAAAGGACAGGUGUAUGCAGCUGAGGAUAAGACCUCUGUGGACGAGCGCCUUAGCAUCCUCCUCAAAGGAAAAAUGAAGGUGUCCUAUCGAGGUCAUUUUCUUCAUAACAUAUACACAAACGCCUUUAUUGACUCCCCUGAGUUCAGAUCAACUCAGAUGCAUAGAGGGGAAAAGUUCCAGGUGACCAUCAUGGCGGAGGAAAACUGUAAGUUUCUCUGCUGGUCCAGAGAAAGGCUCACCUACUUCUUGGAGUCUGACUCCUUCCUGAAUGAAGUGUUCAAGUACCUAAUUGGAAAAGACAUCACCAACAAGCUAUACUCUCUCAACGACCCAACACUCAGUGACAAGGCAGCAAAAAAAAUGGACCAUCAGCCCAGCCUGUGCUCUCAGCUCUCUAUGAUGCAGAUGAGGAACAGCAUGGGCAGCACUAGUGACACUGACGACAUCCUGAACCAGAUCCACCGUGGAGGCUCCACACAUCAGAAAUCUCCUGCCUCAAUGGCAUCCAAAAUAAUGAAGCCCAUUGAAGAAACUAUGGAAGAUGAUGUCUUUCUAGACUCUGAACCAGACUCUCCUGUUAAGAAACCUCACUUGCCCACAGCAGCAAUAGAGGAGGUGUAAGCAGCUGUCAUCAACCUAUAACAACCACCUACCUAUUCUGUAACUCGAUACAAAGCCUGGUUUGUUAUGCUAGAAUAAAUUGAAACUGUUUGAAAAAUGUGUAUACAUUAUAAUAUUUGAAAACCAAAACUCUUUAUUUUCACAUCUCAGUAUGUCUUGUAGUGGUUGUUAUUGAGAAUUUUUAGCUGGUGUACUUUUUAAUCCUGUUCAUGUGGAUGUUGUAGAAUACAUUUGUUAGGUUCAGCUUGAUUUGACAUUUAACCUUUCAGGAAUUAUCAUAACAAACACCAAAAUUCAGUAUUUGAUCUCCCUCUGAGGAUUUUUCUUUUUUCAAACUUUUUAUUCUUUGUGACAUUUACAUGUAUUCUAUUAUUUAUAUAUUGAGUAUACAUUUGUACAUUUUAUGAAUGUUGGUGUUUGUACACUUAUGUUACUUUUCACGUCUAUGACUAUACAAGUGUGUGAUCAUUGUUAUUAUUGCUAUUAUACUAUAGUGGCUUAUAUCACUCAAAGGCAAUACACAAUUUUUCCUA